AUGGCAGGCGGAACGAGCAUUUGGGUGUCCAAGGAUGCGAAGACAGAUCCCAAGCAGAUUUUCAAUGGGCGACUGUUGUACCUGCUAAUCACUUUGGCCUGGGCUGGUUGCUUUUAUGGAUUCGAUUCUGGAAAUAUUGGUGGCAUUCUCACACUUCCAUCCUUCGAAAAUGCAUUUGGGCUCGGUGGUCUGUCGCAAGAGGCGCUGGACAAUCGAAGCGGCACAAUCGCCGCUAUGCUUGCGGCUGGAGGCUCGGCUGGUGCCCUUUGCGCUUGGCCGACAGCAGAUUUCAUCGGUCGCAAAUGGUCUGUAUUCCUCUGGGGAAUCGUCUUCCUCGUCGGUGCCACUAUGCAGAUGAUCUCCGACUACGACGUGCUCCUAGCAGGCAGAUUUAUCGGCGGUAUGGGUGUUGGUGCUUCAUCUAUGCUGAGCCCACAAUUCCUAGCAGAAAAUGCACCUAAGAGCGUCCGCGGUUCGAUGACCGCGACCUAUAAUCUUAUGAUCAUCUUUAGCUUGGCACUUGCCUUUUGGAUCAAUUACUGUGUCAGCCUUUGGCACAACGCGGAGCACAAUGACACGCAAUGGAGGGUUGCGAUGGGUAUACAGCUGAUACCGGGAGCCAUGAUGUGUCUGAUGAUUCCAUUCAUUCCAGAGACUCCGAGAUAUCUGAUAAAUCGUGGCAAAUCGGAGCAGGGCCUGAAGAACCUGGCCAGUCUACGAAAGCUGCCGGUCGAUCACCCGUAUAUCCAAACAGAAUACCAGGAGAUUGAAGCUCAAGUGCGGUUUGAGCAAGAGGCUCAUCGAGGUCACAAUGUCUGGGUCAUUCUCCAAGAUAUUUUCACCAAUAAGAGCAACGCCCAGCGUUUCUUCCUGGCAGUCAUGCUGUUCCUCUUCCACAAGUUCACCGGAACAGAUAGCUUGAAUUAUUAUGCUCCAAGUAUUGUUCACGAGAAGUCAUUCCAGGUCGCUGCUAAUCAGGUUCUAGGCAUUUUCAAACUGAUCGGAGUGAAAGGCAACAGCAAUACACUCUUGACCACUGGCGUCUAUGGCAUCGUGAAACUCGUGACGACAAUAUUUUACGUGGGUUACCUCGUUGAUCGCAUUGGUCGUCGUCUGCCUCUUCUCAUUGGCGCUACCAUUCAAGCAACAGCAAUGUUAUACCUAGCGUUGUAUAUCCGCUUUGCUGGCGGCAAUGCAAGCGAUGACACGGUCGGAGGCACUCCGGCUGGUGGGAUCGUGGGAAUUGUCUUCAUCUACCUUUACGCGUUUGGCUGGAGCUUCGGGCACUCAGUUGCAUGCUACGUGGUGGCUGCAGAGAUUUUCCCGACCAGGAUACGAGCUUUCUGCAUGUCGUUCUGCUUCUUCGUCAACUGGAUCGUUGACUACGGCAUCACCAAAGCGACACCAGUUAUGCUCACUGAGAUGGGAUGGGGGACCUUCCUGCUAUACGCCGUGUUGACAUACGGCGGUGUGGUCUUUGUAUACUUCUGCCUUCCCGAGCUUAAGGGUCGGUCUAUCGAGAGUAUGGACGAUCUCUUCCAGAAGCCACUAUGGACCAUGUGGCGUCACGCGUAUCCGACGGAAGAGGAAAAGAUAAGAUCUGACGUUCAAGAAAUGAUUCACGCUGGCAAGCUGGAGCGGGGAGACUCGAUUGUUGAAAAGAGCGGCGCAGCGGUGCAUGUAGAAAAGGCCUCAGAUUGA